AGGCGGCGGCGGGCGGCGGCCGCUCUUUUCCGCGCCGGGGCGGCGAGCGAUGGCGCCGACGGUGAAGUCUACGGUCAAGGGCAAGAAGAAACCGGUUUGGCGGUUCAUGCUGAACAUCACCAACCCAGUGGAAGAUGGCAUUCUUGACUCUGCCAACUUUGAGCAGUUCCUGAGGGAGAAGGUGAAGGUUGGAGGGAAGGCCGGAAACCUGGGCAGCGUUGUGCAGAUCGAGCGCCUGCGAAACCAGAUCACCGUCACCUCGGCCAAACAGUUCUCCAAGAGGUACCUGAAAUACCUGACCAAAAAGUACCUGAAGAAGAACAACUUGCGUGACUGGCUGCGAGUGGUUGCCUCUGACAAGGAAAGCUACGAGCUCCGCUACUUCCAGAUCAGCCAGGAGGAGGAGGAGUCCGAAGCGGAGGAUUGAAGGGGUGCCGGGACUGACAGACAAAGGACUGUUCUGUACGCAAGGAGUGUGUUAUUUUCAAAAAAACAGACAGUUAUUAAAUUAUUAAUAAAACAUCACAUACUGAAA